AUGGGACUGGAGAGUUUGCAAAGUUUGCAUCUCAUAGUUCCCCAUUUAUCAUCUACUUGUAAAAGACCUGUUUUUGCAAGAUCUUAUUUUGGUGGUGGAAGCAAUCAGGCUUUGGCUUGUCGGUCACCCCAUCCAUCAAUUCUUUUUGGUUCUUGUAUAAAUCUCAGAAGUCCUGGUUUAAAAAGAUCUUGCAGUGACAGUCUUGAUGAGUUUUACAGCGAAGAGAUUGAAUAUUUGGCAAGGAAUUUUGAUGUUGUGAAUGAUGACGAAAAUGAUUACAACGACACUGCUUAUGCAGUAUCAGACAGUUUUAAUAUUUCUAAAAGUAAUGACGAUGAAAACAGCAAAAACAUGGAUAGUUUUGAGUUGUUUUUGCCUUCGAAGAUCGAGUUUCUGGAGCCUAAUUUGCUUGGAAUUCAACCAGAGCCACCAGAAUGGCCAGAGAGAAGCGAGGUUGCAAGGAUGAGCAUUGAACUGAGAGCAAAUAGCGUUGAUAUUCCUUUGUCACUAAGGAUGAUUAAGAGGAAGUUAAAAUGGCAAAAGGGUUUUGCAGUUGUCGGGAAUUCUGCAUACUGCUCUGUCAAGAGGGCUUUUUCUUCCAUGGUGUUGAUAAUUCUAGAGCUUCAGAGCCAUGCUUUACAUAUAAGGGAGAAUCGUCAAGGUGAAGAUUUACGGAGGAUACUGGAUAAAGUUCAAGCAGAACUGAAUGCUUCAUUUGUGUGGCUCUUUCAACAAGUCUUUUCGCGGACGCCAACUCUCAUGGUUUAUGUGAUGCUCCUUUUAGCCAAUUUCACUGUACACUCAAUGGUCGGCAACAUUGGUAUUGCUGCGACUCUACCACCAAGAAUCGGCCAAGAGACUAUACAAGAGACUAUCACUUCUUCUCCAGAGGAAAUGGAUCAAGGACAGUCAAAUGCUGAUCCUGCUGUAGGAAAUAACAACGGCGGUGCAGGGAAAGUUGAUCGAAGCAUUGGUGGGAGUGAAGGGGGCGACUGGCAUUUUGGGAGAAUAUCGCCUUUGAUUCAGUAUCCCAACCUUGUUCCUGAAGAGACAGCUGAGGCUUCUUUGCCUGGAAAGCAAGAAACGACUUCAGAAGAAGAGACGGUAUUGUGGAACGCAAUGGUAGAGGAAGCUUCAAGAAUGCAAGUGGAAUCAGGAUAUGAGGUUCUUGAUCACGAGACUAAGAAACAGUUCGUUUCACGUGUAACUGUGGAGCUUGAACCGGAUGAUUACGUUGAGUAUUACAGAACCGAUCUUCUUUACCAGAUGGCUAUCGCUGAGGAACCGAAGAACCCUCUUCUGCUUUCUAAUUAUGCUCAGUUCCUCUGCACAGUUCGUCAUGACUACGACAGGGCAGAGGAAUGCUUCAAGCGUGCUAUAAUGGUAGGACCAUCACAUGCAGAGGCAUUCGGUCACUAUGCAGAUUUCUUGUGGAGGGUAAGGAAGGACUUGUGGAGUGCAGAAGAGAGAUAUCUGCAAGCAUUGUCAAUUGAACCAAAUAACACAGAGCAUGCUUCCAAAUAUGCUACUUUCCUUUGGAGCACUGGAGGCGAAGAGACAUGUUUUCCUCUUGAUGCUCCUCAAUGA